AUACCCUUGGAUUACGGCGGACCUUGCGACGAGCAAGUUGAGAACGGUCCUCACGAAGGCCUUCGGGCGUUGGUUAGGGCCCUGGGCAGGACAACGUGGCGGCCGGCUGCUGGCCAUGGCCGAUGUUCCACACUACAUUGCGUUCGAUCUGCAUCAGAGCCCCAACGAAGUUUGGGCUGGCAAUGUGCGUCGGUUGCCGAUCAAAGAUGCAGCAUCACGGCUCCAGUCCGCCCCUUCACCUAUUUCACCUUAGUGGGUGACGUGUGGCUUGCCGAGUCCACCGGACGAAGUUCCCCGGUGACACCUCAUUCACCAGAUGUAGCUCUUGUUACAGUCCGCAGGCUAGAAAAGAACCGCGCUUGCAGUGGUUUGUCCAAUCUACUCGAGCUGCAACAAUCAAAACGAGGCUCCGGUGCUCUGUGCAGGUUGGGGGCAAAUCACCGAGUUUGA